ACACUGAGGAUCAACAUUUUAAAUUUCACAUUUGUUAUCACUUGGAGUCAUUUGAUAUUAUUUGCGUUCAUAGUUUACACACUUCACACUGUGUUUACAGAAAAGACAAUAAACGUUUAGAGAUUUCAGCCCGAAACACACAAAUCAAACUAUAAUAAAAUGGAUUGGAUGGAUACCUUUUCGUUACCAAUGUCUUCCUUACUGCUCUCAAUAGUGCUGAUAAUCGUAAUGUACACUAUCACUACUCAGUAUUGUGGACAAAUAAAAGUGAAACAAGUUCAAUUCACCGACAAUCAGUCUGUGAUAAUUAACGAAAAGACAGGAUUAAGAGCAUCUGUUAGAAAACUCUCUAUUAUCGAUGAUGUGCAACUAAAUUCCCCAUUUGAUAUCUUUAAAACAGGAUUAAGAAAGUCAAAAGAUAAAUGUUGUUUUGGAAUGCGCCAAUCAUUCAGUUCUCCAAUUAAAUGGAUUACUUAUGAAGAGGUUUAUGAGAAAAUUCAACAGUUUGGAUCAGCGUUAACGACACUGAUGGAAGAAAUCUCCAUGAUUAAUUUUAUUGGAAUUUAUGGAAAAAAUUCUCCAAAGUGGGUGAUAGCACAGUUAGCUGGUGCUGCAUACUCGUUUGUUACUGUACCGUUAUACAGUACUUUUGGUGAUGAAGCUAUAGUUCAUGUCAUUAAUGAAACUGAACUAAAAAUUAUUGUCUGUGACACAAUAUCUCAAGCUUGCCAUCUGAACAAAAUCAAUCCACAUAAACUUAAAGUAUUUAUUAUUAUGGAGCCAGACAACACAUUCGAAUCUUUUAGAAAAGAAUGGUCAGAUAAAGUUCGAUUGUUCACAUUUGAAGAGACGUUGGAAAAAGGAUGUACUAAUCGUUUACCUGAAAAAGUCCCGGAUGAUAACGAUCUAUGCAUGAUAUUGUAUACCAGUGGAUCACUAGGUUUACCCAAAGGAGUUAUGAUAACAAACAAAGCUUAUUUAAAUGCCGCAAAGCUAACUAUUAGCUUGGCAGAAGAAAAUCACUUUUCAAUUGAAGAUUUGUCACAUGUUUCAUUCCUGCCUUUAUCACACACGAUGGAACAGCUAACGAUGAUGUUGGCCAUGUUUUCUGGUGGUCGAAUCGGUUUUCUCACUGAUGGUAUUGAGUCAUUAUUUGAUGAUUUUAGAGAUUUUAAGCCAACGUUUUUUUGUUCUGUUCCAAGAUUGCUUGUUCGAUUAUAUAUGAAUUUUUCCAAAAAGGUGCAUUCUAAACCAAUAAUUCGGAAAGUAUGUCAAUACGAAAUAAACAAGAGAAUGGAAGAACAGAAACAUGGAAUAUAUCGAAGGAAUGGAAUAAUAGAUUUCCUAUUUUUUCGAGAAUUUCGUGAACUACUGGGUGGUCGAGUAAGAGCUAUUAUUUCAGGUAGCUCUCCAAUAGAUAGAGAUGUUCUUUGCUUCAUUAGAGCUGUUUUGAGUUGUCCUGUUAGUGAAGCGUACGGAUCGACAGAAACACUUGGCUUAGUAUGUAGUACAAUGUUUGAAGAUAUUGAUGCAUAUCAUGUUGGAGCUAUUUCCCCUGGUGUGCAAAUUAAACUAAUAGAUGUUCCGGAAAUGGGUAUAUUCGUAUCCAAAGAUCAAAUGGGAGAGAUAUGCGUUCGAAGUAAAUCUAAUAUGCUUGGUUAUUAUAAAAACCAAGAAAAAACGGAAGAAGUCCUUGAUUCAGAGGGCUUUGUUCACACGGGGGACGUUGGAGUUUGGUUAAAAAAUGGAGCAUUAAAAAUUGUGGAUCGAACGAAAAAUCUAUUUAAAUUAUCACAAGGAGAAUAUGUAGCACCAGAGAAAGUAGAGCAAACCUACUUAUUCUGUAAUCUAAUACAACAUGUGUACGUUGAAGGUCAUUCACUUAAACCUUAUGCAGUAGCAGUGGUUAAACCAAACUUUAGAAGAUUACGCAAGGAAGCAGUAGACAUUAUUAGCAAAUUUGCGAAAAAAAUUUCACCACCUAUUGGAAAAAAGUGUGAGAACAUGAAAGAUGGAGAAUUACUGGAGGAAAUAACCGAUGCUGAAUUAUGCACCAGUAAAGAAAUACGUGAAUUUAUCUUGGAGAGAAUGAACUUAAUUGCUAGAGAAAAAGGUUUAAAAGGAUUUGAACUGGCCCGCAAUAUCUACUUAACACCAGAACCGUUCACAGUAGACAAUGGAUGGUUAACUCCAACAAUGAAACUUGCAAGGAUAAAUCUACGAAAACAUUUUGCAAAUACUAUUAAAAAUCUGUACGAAGAAGAGAAAAGCUGUUAACUACUGAUUGUCAAUAUUUUGACACAAGGCUAUUUUAUAUUAUAUGGUUUCAUUCACUUAUUUUGACACUACUCAUUUUUACCUUUUUCAAUAACAGAGAACUAUUGUGCUUUAAUUUUGCUCUGUAUUAUUUUCCCAAAAAAAUACAUAUAUUUUUGCCAUUAU